GUCACUUUUGCGUUUAGAUCGGUGGGGCCGCCGAGUUGGAGGGGUCGGUACAUCCACGCUCAUUUCACUUCCCUCUUCUCCCAUUGUAGCCAUGUUCUUACUUAUCACAUUUCCAAAUCUAGUUAUGCAUACACGUUUAUGCAACUUAUCUGGACCAUAAAUCGAAUAUCUAUUAUAAGAUACUAUCUUUUUACACAUCUAAAUAACAAAUCGUGAGGGAUAUUAGUAUCUAGAUUUAGCAAAUUCCCCUUGUCUAAAACUCUUGUCAUUUUCCCCCAUGAUUAAGCUUAAUCGCAUUCCUCCCUCCCUAAGAUUUAGCAUUUCCUUCCGUUUAAUUAGGCAAGCACUCCCUUUCACUUCAUUCUUUAUUGGUUGGAAGAACACAAAUUCUCCACUUCUCUCCAUCGAGCUUUUAUUUUCCCGGCUGUCGUCGUCCUGUUGACCUUCGGUUGUGGUUGGGGGGAAUUGACUUGGCCUUGACCACCACCAUUCAUUUUUCUCUCACUUGAAUUUAAAGCCACAGCCUUUUUGCACAUUCAUGCGUUCUUCAUAGUUCCAUCGGAAUAUUUAGCGACGAAGAUCUAAAGCGGGAUCCGAUCUUCUUCUCCGGCCACCACCGUCGGGUUUCCAGCAAAAAAGAAGAUUGUUUUCUAUACCAAGAGGUAAAUAUGAUUCGCUCCAUCAAACGUGCUACGGGUUUCAUAUGAGGUGGAUUAAUCGCGAGGUUUUUCGUGCGGUUCAUUUUGUUUGUGUCUAUAACUCUCUGGUUUCGGUUUUUUAAGACGGAUUCAAAAUCAAUCAUGCAUUUGUGAUGAUGAGCAAUCAAAAGAUUUCUUAAAAUCAUAUGAGCAUAAUCGAGUAUAAUAUUAGUGGUUCUGAAAAUUCAAAUUCGUAAAAUCACUUCAAGGGACAAUACCGAUACAUAAUUCAACAGGUACGAUAUGAUACAAUCUUAUAAAUGCAAAUGUUCAAAAAAGAAAACACAUCCUUAUUACCGUAGCAAACAAAAAUUUUAUAGAAAUGAUUAAGGCCUUAUUUUUACUAUGGGAUUUUCGACCGAAUUAAAUGAUUCUACAUAAAUAUUAAAUGGUACAGGCUAAGGAUGCAUAUUUGGUUAUGUUGGAUUUUGUCCACUCAUUUUUUUCUCAUUGUGAUCGAUAAAUCUCAGAAAAAAAUCUUAAUUUCAGAAUUAAAACCACAACAAACUAACAACGUUCAUUCUUGUUUGAUUCAAUUCGAUUAAAUUAUCAAUUUGAUGUGGGAAUGGAAUUAUGCUCCACUUAGUGCAGACCAAGAUUAGCUUAAUUACUUAAAUAUUCUACCGGUUUAAUCUAUGUACUGUUUUAUAUACUUAACUCAACAAAAUUACUGUACCAAUAUUGACCAAACAAAAGUUUUAAGGACUUAAAUGCCCCUGAAAAGGUUUAUUGUUCGACAGAAAAUAGAAUUGUUUCCACAAAAAAAAAAAAAUAAAAUAAAAAAUAAAAUAAAAAAGAUAAAACACAAAUUCAAAAUACAAAUUGUGGAACAACAAUAUAUAAAUACCAAGUCGCACACUUUUUCUCACUCUGGUUUCCGCCAAACAGCAUUUUUUUCAGCGGAAGUCCAACAGAAAUAUUCACCGACGGCGAAUGAACUGAAUUUCCACAAUCCCUCUCUCCGGCGGCGACGACUACCAACAAGACUUCCUCUGCACCGAUCAAUUUCACAGAAGCCACGAGAAUGGGGUCGGAUAACAACACCGGAAUGGAGCGGAGGCUGCUCGUGUCCCCGAAGUCACGAUCGGACGGCGGCGACGAGUCCUCCGCCGCCGGCGACGGCGCCCUGACGUGGAGCGUGUUCAUCCAGGAGCUGAAGCGGCUGGGCUACAUAGCCGGGCCGAUGGUGGCGGUGAAUCUCUCCCAGUACCUCCUCCAGGUGAUUUCCCUGAUGAUGGUUGGACACUUGGGGGAGCUGGAGCUCUCCAGCACCGCCAUAGCCGUUUCUCUCUCCAGCGUCACCGGUUUCAGCGUCCUCCUAGGAAUGUCAAGUGCACUGGAAACUUUGUGUGGGCAAGCAUUUGGAGCCGGGCAAUAUCGAAUAGUUGGAACUCAAACUUACACUGCCAUCUUCUGCUUACUACUGGUCUGCGUUCCCCUGUCCAUCCUGUGGGUCUACAUGGAGAAGAUACUGCUUCUCGUAGGGCAAGAUCCCGCCAUCUCGCACGAUGCUGGGAAAUUCCAGAUGUGGCUCAUACCUUGUCUCUUCUCUUACGCAAUGUCUCAGCCCAUCGUUCGGUACCUCCAAGCACAAAGCUUGAUCGUCCCCAUGCUUAUAACUGCUGUGGUUACCCUUUGUUUCCAUGUUCCUGUCUGCUGGGCUCUAGUGUUCAGGACUAGGCUGCAGUACUUGGGAGCAGCAUUGGCAAUGUGUUUGUCGAAUUGGCUGAGCUUUGCUACGCUUGCACUCUAUUUCAAGUUCUCCCCUUCCUGUGCCAAAACUAGGGUCCCCAUUUCGAUGGACUUGUUCCAUGGCAUUGGCGAGUUCUUUCGCUUUGCCAUCCCUUCAGCAGUAAUGAUCUGCCUGGAGUGGUGGUCGUUUGAGCUUCUGGUUCUGCUUUCGGGCCUCCUGCCAAAUCCUGCACUUGAAACUUCGGUCCUAUCAGUCUGUCUCACAACAAUUGCAACCUUUUACUCAAUACCAUAUGGACUUGGUGCUGCAGCAAGCACUAGAGUCUCAAAUGAGCUAGGCAGGGGCAAACCAGAGCUGGCACGUAUAGCAGUACGUUCAGUGAUGUCUGUAGCAGUGGCCGAGGCCCUUCUAGUGAGCAUUACCCUCUUUGCAUGCCGUCAUGUCUUUGGUUACAGCUUCAGCAAUGAAAAGGAAGUGAUAGACUAUGUCACAAGGAUGGCUCCACUGAUUUGUUUAUCAGUUAUAAUGGACAGUUUGCAAGGGGUUCUCUCAGGAAUUGCAAGAGGUUGUGGAUGGCAGCACAUAGGAGCUUACAUCAACCUCGGCGCAUUCUAUCUCUGCGGCAUUCCUGUUGGCGUUCUAUUGGGUUUCAGGACAAACAUGAGAGGGAUGGGACUUUGGAUUGGAGUUCAAGUUGGUGCAUUUACACAAACGCUUCUGCUCUUCAUCGUUACAAUAUGCACCAACUGGGAAAAACAGGCAAGUGAUGCUAGGCAGAGGAUAUUUGAAGGGGGGUCGACGAUUACGCACACAUUGAUUUGAAGAGAUGAACUGGAGUUGAAGGUGACGAUCCUUGGACUCUCAUUCCCAACACUAGAAAUCUGGAGAUUCUCCACUGUGAAUCUGGAGUUUGCAUUAUGUGUCCAAGAACAAGUGAUACUGAUCAGGGCAACUGGUUUUUUUAUCUUACAAAGCCUCUUUCUCCUGGAAACUGGGUGGUUGCAGAGACGGAAGAGAAGUGAAGAGGGAUAGAGGGAGCAAAAGGUUGGCUAGUUUCUACUGGCAACUAGCCAUGGCAGGAUGUUCAUCCGUUGAUGAGUUGUUUUGAGUAACAUUUUGAAGCGAGUGUGCUGUUUUUUCGUCUUUAAGUAGAUCCCAUCUUAUUUUCUCAUAAUGGAAGGGACUUGUUUCUGUAUAUCUUUUUUUUUUUUUUUUGGUUUCAAGAACUUUCGGGUAGAAUAUAUAUGGUCAUCGAUCCUGGUUUGUCCUCCAAUUUAUGUUUUUUUUUUUUUUUGCAUUAUUCCUGUUGUACUUGCACUCACUCUUGUAUAUAAUUAGGAUUCCUUAGUAAUUCAAAGGAAGCUUAUAUCAAACACAUAUUUUUUAUAUUCGUAAUACCUGAAUACUAUCGACAAACUUAUGAUCCAACGAUAUUAUGUGAUUAUUGAAAUCUAAAUUAAAGUAUUGGAUUCUAUUCUUGCGGAUUUCCUAAUUCCCACUCUUUCCUCUAAUUGUCGAUGAUACUUUGAAUAUUAUCAGCAAACUUAUGAUCCAACGAUACUGUGUGAUCAUUGCAAUCCAAAUUAAAGUACUCGAUUAUGUUCUUGUGGAUUUUCUAAUUCUAAAUUCUUUUUUUAAUUGUCGGUGAUACCUUUAACAUUUAUUAACAAAUUUAUGAUUCAACGAUAUCAUGUAAUCUCUGUGGACUUCCUAAUUCUCACUCCCUUCAAUUGUGAAAUUGCUAUCUAUUCCAUAAAGAGCAUAAAAGAAAAAUCAUCAACAUUGACCCUAAAUAUGAUGAUCAUUUAUCAUCUACUUUGCAUGCUUCAAAUCACUAGACUUGUGGCCCAUUUUUUGGGUGAUUUGUCAGCUAAUUUGCGUGCUUCCAACUACAAGACUUGUGGCCAAUUUUUGGGUGGAGGGUUCAUAGGUUAUGCUUAUGUGAAUAAUCAUUCCAGGAUUUUGAGUUAAGUGGGAUAUGAUGGUUGAGGCUAAAAAAUAUUUUUAAUUUCUAUGUUUCUUAAUUGGUUUGUAUUUUUAUUUAUUUUUAAUUAAAAAUUUCCACAUAAAAAACGAGUUCAUUGUGAUAUACAAAAUACUAUUUAUUUGUAUAUAGUUUGUGCCAAAACUUUUCAGAUCAAUUAGAGGACUAUCUAGAUCCAUUUGCCAUAGUUACCUCCAUCUUAACACUAUUGUAAAUUCCUAUCACAACCUACAACUAUGGUGUACUCUUUUAUGCCACCAAGGUAUACAUUGGUUAAAAUGUUUGCAAAUAUAGUAUAAAUGAUAUCCAAAGUGUUAUUAUGAUGCUAACACCAAUAUAAAUAAUAAGAGUAAUUAAUAGGGAGAAAACAUACAAUCCAAUUUAAAUUCAGUUUUUGUCUUUUGAAUAUGUUUAAUUUUCAAUUUAUAAGUUUCAAUUUUCGGUAGCCAAAAUCUUAUUCAAGCUAAGUAAUGCAUAGCAUAGCAAAAAAGUAAGGAAUGCAUACCAUAAACACUAGAAGGCGUACCAAAAAACACAAUAAUGCACGUCGGAAACACAAUAAUGCGUACAAAAAUAC